GCUACUGUUCCGUAUAAGGCAGAGAAGAGACUCCUUUUAAAGAUGGGUAGAAAAAUUGAGAUAAAGAAAAUAGAAGAGACGACGAAACGUCAAGUUACAUUUUCUAAACGACGCAGUAGUUUACUUAAAAAAGCUGAGGAGAUUGCAAUUUGCUGUGACGUGGACAUGUUGUUUGUCGCAUUCUCACCUUCUGGUCGGCUCAAUAAAUUCUGUAGCCAACAAAGAGUUGAAGACAUGCUUCAGCGUUACCUUAACCUUCCGGUUGAGCGGAGAUUGACGUACAUGAACAUUUCCUAAAUUUUCUUGAUUUUUUUUAAGCUAUUAGUAACCUAU